AUGCUGUUCAAGGGUUUUGGCCUUGGGCUCUUCAUAAUCCUGGCUGCUGUCCUGAUGCUGAGCAGUGUUGCUGCUGACUAUGAAAUCUUCCUGAGGCAGCACUACGAUAAUCCCAAGAGCAAUGUUGGAGAUCAUUACUGUAAUAAAAUGAUGCAAAGGCGUGGAAUGACCAAACCCAUAUGUAAGGACGUCAACAGCUUCAUCCAUGGCACAAAGAAAAAAAUCAUUGCUGUGUGCGGGGAUGGUGGGGAAGCUAUUGAUGACAGAUUGUGGCGUAGCAAGAACCAGUUCCAGGUCACCACCUGCAAGAAGAAAGGAUCAUCCACCAAACCUCCUUGUGAGUACACGGAACACAAGUCGGGCAGAUAUAUUGUCAUUGCUUGUGAGAACGGAUUUCCUGUGCACUACGUGGAAGGUCAGACUUAA